CGACUAGUACUUUUAUCUAGUCUGAUACAGUAUAGGAGUGAAUACCUACGAACCUGCUCCGGAAAUGUGUUUUCAUGAGUAAAGCAACAUUUGUCGUUCUACUGUUCACUAUCUAUUGUCAGCUGUCACCAACACAACGCCUAUAUAUGCAUCGCAGCAAAACCCCUUCACUCGUUGCAAAACAUGAUAAUAUUUAACUGUAUCCUCCUUUACCAAUACGUUUUCCGUUUUCGUUCGAACUGUCUGUCGGUCAGAUUACUGUCAAGUGUUGGGCUUCUGGUGACAGUUGCAUUAUUGCAGUCACACGCAUUCAUCGUGCUAAGCCAUUCGCUUGGCUAGCUUGGCAUUAAUUUAUGACUUUUACUGCCUUGCUGCCAUAAAUCAGCAAUUGCCACCUGAUUGCAAUAUCAAAACACAAAACGCGUUUCCCAUAACGAAUUUGUUUGUCGUUUGUUUGCUCAAACGCAUCGCCACUACCGAAAAAUAUUUGUAGUAAAAAAAUACAAAUUUUGGUUGCUACCGCCCGCUCGGCUUCCUGUUCAGUACGCUCCGAAAUUCCGAAUACCGAAAGCUUCCGUUCUUCGACUGGAGCCGGCGUUACUACUCACUGUUCAAAAUCGAAGAGCCGUCGGCAUUAUGUUUCUUAGCGGAUCGGGUAGCAUAGAAGCACACAGAACCGCUUAUAAUUCAGAAACGCACCUAGAGUGUGUGUCACGAACCCUGUUAGAAACCAGUAAUGACCGCACCCUGUCGGAAUUCGAACGCCGGCGGUCUGGAUUCCAGGAUGAGGCUGCUGAGACAAUCAGUGACAUGAAAAAGCCAAGCACACUAUGUUUGUCUCCCCAUCCACUGACUGACCACGGAGCACGGAAACCCAAAUGCGCAAGAUGCCGCAACCACGACGAAAUAGCGUGGCUGAAGGGGCACAAGAAGAGCUGCCCCUAUAAGGAAUGCACGUGUGACAAGUGCAUCCUCAUCAUGGAGCGACAGCGCGUGAUGGCUGCACAAGUUGCACUGAAGCGUCGCCAGUCCACCGAAGAAGCUGUAGCGAUUGGGCUGCGCGCAGCCGUAACGGAUGAUAAUUUGGGUUACAUCCCACCAGGGCCAAUUUUUCCCAGCCAUUCCCGCCGGGCCUCUUCGUCACUGGAGAGCCUACCGGAAUCAGAGUUAUGCCACACUCCAUUAUCUCGACGACCGCACUCAUCGGUUUCAAUCCACAGCAGCGCGGCACCUGAUGAAAAUGUUCAAAAGUUCCAUUUCGUCACCAGUAAACGAAGACUUCGCACGGAACGAUGCAACCAUGGCCUCUCGACUGCCUGGACAGCAAAGUGUCAUAAAACACGCAAAGAUUGACCGGCGUACAGCUUACGACAGUCAUUUAGAAAAUCGCCCGGGAAAUGGAAAUCAGGAAUCUAGAACAGAUGAAAACGUGCAAAUACUUAAGCAAAUAUUUCCAAAUUACAACAACGACCAUUUACUGGACGCUUACAACAGACAUCAUGGAAAUUUGUUCAAAACGCUGCAGUACAUGUUUUCCAAGCGGGGAAGUACGACGGUACCGUAUGAGCAAAAAACUCCGCAUCCGUCAAGCGCUGCUGACGCCAACAGUCAAUCCGACUCUGACAAAACCAGUGGCUAUCGCGAUGUUUACAAAAUCCCCACGCUUCAUGACACCACGGGAAUGAACCUUGUAAAGCCGGCUUGGAUGGGUGACUAUCACACAAACCCAAUGGUGAAUACUCAUUGGGCCUUGGUUCGCCCUGAAGAGUUAGUUCGAUCAACCCAGUUUUCCACCGUUAUGUCAUCCCUGUUCGCUGUCUAUCCAACGGUCGCCAGCGGAUUUGCUAUGCACUUACCGUAUCCGCAUGUACCUUUCUCGCACCCGGCUUUGUUCCCUGGACGUAACCCAUCUGAGAGAUUGCUGUGUCCAUCUAUAGCAAACCGAAACAUGAGAAACGAACAGCCGGGGUACACUUUUUCCAUUGUCGACAACCCGUACAGUGUCAGUAGGAACAUCAAGCGGGAAUAAAUAUUGCGAUUCGUACAAUGAAAAAACGUCAGUGUCUGUAAUCUGCCUUUACCAAAUGGCACCAUCAAUUGUAGAAUUCUAUAUGAACGAUUUUUACUGUGAACGAUCCAGUAAUACUCGUACUAUUCCGUUGCUGAUCUUUGUAAUGAUUGCGCUUUCCUAAAUGGAUGACAGUUCCUGAUCUGAACGUGCACAAUGCUGUGUGUGCAGUUUGUGGUUUCUUGUUACGAAAGGAUACUUCAUAUUUGCUUCUAACUUUCUGCCCAUUAUUUUUAAUGGUUGUGUUGAUUCA